AUGCUGUUAACACUAAAGCCCUUUGUGCCUACUAUCACACUAAAGCCUCGUUAUUCAUGUAGCGUUCCUCAUCAUCGUGUUAAUUUCUGCAAAUCCCCCUUAAAGCUCAGAACGUAUGCGCAAAAUGGCGGUGGCAACAAGGAGUCUUCUGGUGGCGGAAACAGACCGGUUAGUAACGAUGAUGAUCCCAAGAAAGAUGGUUUCAGUUUCCGGUUGGGGGAUCUAUUGAAGCCGGAUCAAGAUAACUUUGCGGCCGUUGGAUUAGCUGGAGUACUCACAUGGGCUAGCCUUCAAGUCUUGUCGCAGCUAUUCUUCAUAUCUUUUGCUAUCCUUGUCGCUGCUCUCAAGUAUUCUUUCAUCGCUGCGCUUCUCAUUUUCAUUCUCGUCACCCUCCUUUAGCUCUCUUGUAAUGGCAGAGUCUAUACUAGCUCUUGCUACCAUUGCUCUUUUUCUAGUGAUUGAGUUGAACAAUUAGUAAUAAAAACUAAAAAAAGACAUGGAAUGUACAUGAGCUUGGUUCUGUUCUUACAGACAACGCUUAAAUUA